AGUCGUCGUCAGCCUUCGAGAGCAUGAGCGUGUGGCUGGUGUCCGUCCCGAACGAGGGCGACAGCUCGUCCGAGACGACGUUCCUGUCGCUCAAGGCGGAGACCGCCUCCAGUCGCCACGACUACGCCGACUGCAUCCGCGUGGAGCUGCCGUCGGAUCUGCUCGUGGGGACGCUGGACUCGCUCAUGGCGCUGAGCGACGACUUGAACCGCGUGGACCUGGUGAUCGAGAGCGUCGUGCGCAAGAUCGAGCGCCAGUUCCACGACCUGAACAAGGGCGACCAGGCGCUUACGGUGGAUGGAGUGCCGGUGGAGCGCUACUUGAGCUUCUUCUCGUGGGACGAGGCCAAGCACCCGCACCGUCGACCGUUACCCGAGAUAGUCAGCAUUAUCCAGUCGUCCGUGGGCAAGAUCGAAGAGGAACUCAAGCAGCUGAGCACGCGCUACGCGGAGAAGAAGCAGCAGUUUAUUGGUCUUCAGCGCAAGAAAGGUGGCAACCUGAUGGUGGCGAACCUGAACGACGUCCUGACGCCCGACGUCGUGUCUACGUCGGACUUUGUGAACACUGAGUACCUGCAAACGAUGGUGGUGAUCGUGCCCAAGAACUUGGAGGAGCAGUGGCUGAAUGAAUACGCGCAGAUUGGGGACCAGAUUGCGGAGUAUGGUCCUAAGGGCUCUCGUGGAAAUGUCCGCGGAUCGCCUGUUGUUCCAGGGUCAUCGCGCAAAUUGAUGGAGGAGGGCGACUCUGCUGUAUACACAGUGACGCUGCUUAAGGGUCAGUACCAACCGGGAUUUGUGGACAAGGAAGGAAACUUCGAGCCUGGCACCACGGUGGACUACAUCGAGGACUUCAAGACGCGCGCCAAGGAAAAGCGAUUUGUGGUCCGUGAGUUCAACUUCGACCCCACAAGUCACGCGUCAAACGAAGAAGCUAUCGCCGAGCUGGAAGUGGAGGUCGAUCGACUUUGGUCGGCUCUAAUCCGCUGGUGCAAGGCGCACUUUGGAGAAACGUUUAUUGCCUGGAUGCAUAUCAAGGUGCGGUGCAUGAUCACAAGUAGAUCGAUCUACAGUAUUCUCGAGAUUAACCGUUCCUUUUUGCUGAUUCUUGUACAGAUGAUUCGCGUUUUUGUGGAGUCCGUGCUUCGCUACGGUCUCCCCGUGAACUUUGUCGUUGCCAUGUACAAACCGCACUCGGGCAAAGACAAGAAAUUGCGUGCAGUGCUGUCAAAGAAGUAUGCUCACCUGCAGCCGGCGCAGUUUUCGGGCCUUGAAGAGGGUUCUUCAGGCUCGUCGCAGGUCGAGUACUAUCCGUACGUCACAAACGCCUUCCACCCACUCAGCACCACUUAAAUGCAGUGCGGCGUGCACCGAGACAAAUGAGCUGGUCAGGCCAAGGCAGGCUGAGUUGCGUAUGGAUUUUAGUACCAAGAUAUCCUGAACGCUAACGAGAUGAUCAAAAACU